AGCUACUGUUUUAGUAUCGUCUCAUGUUUACUGAGACACAGAGAACAUCAGCAGCCUGUAACUUCACAGACAGACCACCUCAGAGACCACAUGUCUUUUUCAGGUUAAUCCGUAUGGAGACGAACAACAUAGUGAAUCCAGAGGUACACUGCAAAAGCCUUUUAAGAUUUGAAAAAGUAGCUAAAACAAAACUAACUGAUCUACAAACCAGACAAAAAUCAUUUAAAUAAAAAAAGAAUGAACUAUUCUCAGCAGAUGCAAUACUUUUAUAGUUUAUUGUCAUAUUUUUGCUAAAUUAUAUUAAACCCUCCUUCCCCUCUUAAGUUCUCUUUACACUAAGCAGAGGAUCAAUUUUAAUAAAUGUACUUGUGCCAUUUUUGAAUCAUAGGAUGAUUCGAUGUGGCGACUCUGUAAGUGAGCAGCUGAAAGGCAAAGAAGAUGCAGAUGCAUAGCAUUUCUGAUUUCUGACACAGUCAGACCUUCGCAUUGUACGUCUCUGUUUUAAAGCAAUAUGUUUUACACGCUCUAAUUUUCCACCUUCAUCUUUCCAGAACAAGCAACGUUUUUCACAGGAUCAUGGCCAUGUAGUUUGAAAAAACUGAAAAGCCAACUGAUUCAGACAAACUCUAGGUUCACAAACGAAGACCACCUGUCAGUCCACAAACACAAGCAUGAAAUGACCUUAAAAUUUGGCCCUGCCAGGACAGACUCUGUUAUCAUUGCAGACCAGACGCCCACUCCCACUCGCUUCCUGAAAAACUGUGAGGAGGUUGGUUUGUUCAAUGAGCUCGCCAGCUCCUUUGAACAGGAGUUUUGCAAAUCACAAGACGAUGAACAAAGGACUAAACACCCUGCUGCACUUUUGCAAACACCUUCUGAAGUCAAAGAGGAGGAUGAGGGACCUUUACAAGUGGAUUCCUCCCCCCCUGGAAGUCCAGAUUCCUCAUCCAGCAUGUCUGAAAACAGCGGGGAUUCAGGGGAGAUGAUCACUAAGCCCUUGGCAAGUUCUGCUCCCACUCCAACCAUCGUGCGUCCAGGAUCUCUGCCCCUUCAUUUGAGCAAUGACGCUUUACAUCCAACUCUACCAUCCCCAACCUCAGUGAUCACACAAGCUCCGCCCUCCAACAGACAGCUGGGAUCCCCUACAAGUGCAUAUUCAUUGAUGAGACAUCUUCCCAACGGGCAGACUGUCCCUCUAUUACCCAGUCCUGUUCAGAUGACAUCAGUCAUAUCUCUUGCAAGGCCAGUGAACACCGUGGCUAACAUCCCUGGAAUUCCAGGACCCCCUGUUAGAGGAAUUAGCAGUGGGUCAUCCUCCCCAUCUGAAUUUAGCCUCCAUUCAGAGACAAAGAUGCGCCUGAAGGCAGCUCUGUCUCAAGGCCCAUCGGCACCAGACGGAGCGGGUAUUGGAUCAGGAUCCAUUCCCGCUGUACCCCAGCGACAGGAAGAGAGCCAGCAGCCCACACCGAAUUCUGACGCACCGUCGCCCGCUCAACCACAGGUGUCCCCUGCUCAGCCAACAGGGGGCCGGCGGCGGCGUGCAGCGGAGAUGGACCCUGAUGAGAGGAGGCAGCGUUUUUUGGAAAGAAACCGGGCGGCUGCGUCUCGCUGCAGACAGAAGCGGAAGCUGUGGGUUAACUCUUUGGAAAAAAAGGCAGAAGAUCUCGCUAAUAUGAAUGUUUCUUUGACUAGUGAAGUAACCCUGCUGAGGAACGAGGUGGCUCAGCUGAAGCAGCUCCUUCUAGCUCACAAAGACUGCCCCGUCACCGUCAUGCAGAAGAAGGCAGCAAUGUUGGCUGCAGGAGGGGAGGAGCAUCAUGGGGGGAUUUCCACAGAACCCGUGGGUUCAGCGGCUGGAGUUAUCCAGCACGGCCCGUCACCGCCAGCCUCCGCUUCAAGCCCAAGGGCCACCAUCAACGGGCUGAACGUCCGCGCCGCCGAAGCGGUGGCCAUGUCCGUCCUCGCCGGCAUGGGGUCGGGCCAAGCUGGAGGGGUUGUCAUGGCAACGCAGUCACAGCAGUCCCCAAGAUGAUGUGCGAUGGGAGGCGGCCAAAGUGAACUGAGGAUGCAUUUGGAGGCCGGAUUGUCGCCGAGCGUUUUGUGAAGUGGGACCCGCCCUCAGCCUGCUCACCUAAUGAGCCCCCCCCCCAUAGCUUCUGAUAAUCUGACAGGUGUGGCUCAGGUGCCUCCAUCGACCCGUCAGUGGGCUACCCUCACUCUGCAUCUGUAAAUAUGAAGAACACUCACUCUGCGGGUUUCAGGGUCAUUUCUAUCUUCAGUUUUGCUCGUUGAAAACUCUAAAGGAAAAAUAGAACUAAGCAGAACCCUUAUCAGCUAGGGCUGGGCGGUAUACUGACUUUCAAAAAUAAUGUUCAUAGGGAUGCAGCAAAGCUUUUUUCAUUCCUUCUUCUUUUUUUUUUUAACCCUUACCCACUCUUAGCUGCUCAGAAAAACUGUGGUUCUAUUUGCAACAAUUCAGUGGUGAACAGACAAAGCAGCAUCUGUAAAAUUAGCAUAUCGUGUUUAGCAAACAAUAAUAAUGCGUCGUUUGAAGUCAAUGAUAUACUCUUUGUGCUGUUUAACACACAUGAAAAGUAAAACAUGGAGUUAUUUAGGAAUUUAAGUUAAAAAAAAGAGUUUCCAUAGAAAGACAUGUUAGCUGCUGACACUGGUUGUCAUGGAAACAUGUCAGGCUCUGUCCUCUAAGUAAAACUGAGAAAUACUUUGAUUCAAAGUCCAUCACCUCGUCCUAUCUGAGAACAGAUGUAGAAACGCUUUUUGCCCACAUGGCCCCGCCCUCCAGUCAUCAUCCUCCAUUGUUCUUGCCUCUUUCAGUUGCAGUUUGCUCUUCAGGCUGACUGUUUGACUGUGAUGCAUCGAAUUAGACGAGCGCUGACGUUAGGGGGCUCCGUGUGGAUGUGUGCGUACUUUCCAAACAGUCUAGCAUUAUACCAAUGUUCUUUGAGUAAUUUCUUUUGUAAAUGCACUCGGUGAGAAGUCGGCUCUGUUUGUAACACACCAGAUUGUGAACACUGUUUACCCUGUAAUUGUGUGCCUGACCUUUUUAACAUUUUUACCUUCUAUUUUAAAACCAAUAACCAUACUGUGUUUUGUGUAAAUCCUGUUGACUGCACGGGUCAAGGCUGAAGAAACACUUUUUGUUUUUUUUUAGUAAUUAUUUUACUUCCUCAUUUUGUAUUUGCUCUGUACUGUUGCAUCAAAUUUCUGAAAGAACAAUAUUCCUAUUUAAGGAGCUUCUCCAAACAGGCUUGAAUGGUUCUUCAAAGGCUCUCAAAUUGGUAAUCAAUCAUGUUUUUGAUCUGUAACCCAACAGACAUUUCAAAUGAAGAAAGAGUAGUGCAAUAUAUUCUUCUUGUAAGCCUGUAGAGUGCAGCUGCUGGGAGGGGUUUGGUCAGUUGUAGCAGAAAGCUAUUCAUGUGGGGCGACCAAAGGAAAUGUGAAGACUCGUGUUGAUUGUAUGGGAAUGUUUAUGGAUGCGUAAAUGUGGAGACUUACAGAUGUAUUCCAAGCUGUCUUAUAUCAUGAAGUAGACUCAGUACGAAUGCAAGGUGCUUCUUUUGUCAUUUAAUUUUUCAAAUGCAGUUUAUUUUAUACAGAAUUGUACUUCCCAUACUGUUUUCCAUCGUCAUGUUUUUAUUUUUUUAUGUUUUAUUUUUUUCUGUGGGAAUGUUAUGCUUUUAAAUUUUGCAUCAUUAUUGCUCUGAACUAAAAAGAAAAAAACAUAAUGUUGGGAUCUGUGUGUUAGGGGUUUAGUUCAGCGCUCAGGUGUCCAAAUGGAAAACCUUACCUGUGUAAAGUCUCAACUAAUGAAUAUAACGACUCGGGAAAACAACACAAUAAAUUAAUAUAAGAGUA